UAUGUUUAGCACUGGUAGGACCCGCAUUAAUCCAGCAAUUUAAAAGGGGAGGAGAGCCGAUCUCUGGGAGGGAAGUAACAGCAGACUAGCAGCCUCUGACACCCACAGGCACCCAGUACCAAGAGCAUCAGUCCUGAGCGCAUAUGAGCAUUACAGCAGCCAGCCUCACUCUCUCUCUCUCACUUCUCUGUCCCCUUGACACUGCAGGGGUGAAUACUGAAUUCAGCAAGCGCUUUACUCUCCCCCUCAUUCUGUUUUCACAGAGCUCUGCACAAUGCUGAGAUGAGAGAGGGAGAGACAGAGCGUUAGAGAGAAAGAGGGCAAGUUAAAGAGAGCCAAAGAAAGAGCAAGAGGGCGAGCGCAUUACAGAGAGUGAUUGAGGAGAAGACCAGAAAGAGAGCGUGUGCGCGAGAUCGAAGAGUUUAUUGCAAUAGGGACUGGAGGUCUGGAUUACACCGCUUUAAUCCCCAAGAGACUUUGUGAGACGUUUUGAAGGCGGUUCACUAAAAUUUCAAGCGCCCCAGGAAUUCCAUGGAUGUUAGUUGUUCUGUUCCGCCGAGGCUUUGUGGACUUCUUUAUACUGGAUUCAUCGCUCUUUUGCCGUUACCAUAAAAGUCACCAGUAUCAAUCUUUGCACCUAAAGGUUGUUCCAAUGCUCAUGGGGAACUGUCUGCUGCUGUUCCUCUGGUGCCUCUUAGACAAAAGCUUCGUCUCUCCCCUCCACUCUUCAUCCCAGAGCAGGAUGGGGAAGGAGCAGCACAGAAACAUGAUGGCACAUAGGAAACACGGCAUGAUGGGAGUUCACAGAGUCAAGAGAGGAUGGGUGUGGAACCAGUUCUUUGUUCUGGAGGAAUACAUGGGUUCUGAUCCACAGUAUGUUGGAAAGCUUCACUCUGACCUGGAUAAGGGAGACAGUAUGGUGAAGUACACACUCUCAGGUGAAGGAGUUGGCUCUAUUUUCACGAUUGAGCCAAGCACUGGAGACAUCCAUGCCUUAAGGAGCCUGGACCGAGAAGAGAAGUCUUAUUACACACUGAGAGCGCAGGCUGUGGACGUGCUCACAGGCAGACCCCUAGAGCCCGAGUCUGAGUUUAUUAUCAAAGUCCAGGACAUCAAUGACAAUGAGCCAAGGUUCCUAGAGGGCCCAUACUCGGCUAGCGUCCCAGAGAUGUCACCCGUCGGCACAUAUGUGACGCAAAUAACCGCCACUGACGCUGAUGACCCUACUUAUGGAAACAGCGCACGGAUCGUGUACAGCAUCCUUCAUGGCCAGCCCUACUUCUCUGUUGACCCCAAGACAGGGAUCAUAAGAGUUGCCUUACCCAACAUGGAUAGGGAGGUUAAAGAAAUGUACCAGGUGGUCAUACAGGCUAAGGAUAUGGGUGGCCAGCUCGGAGGUUUAGCUGGGACAACGACCAUCAAUAUAACUCUCCGUGAUGUCAACGACAACCCACCACGGUUUUCUAAAAGUAUCUUUCACCUGCGCGUCCCCGAAUCUUCACCUGUGGGAUCAUCGGUGGGGAGGGUCAAAGCUCAUGAUCUGGACUCUGGGAAGAAUGCUGAAGUGGAAUAUAGCAUUGUUCCUGGUGACGGAGGAUCCAUGUUUGAUAUUUACAGCAAUAAGAACACUCAAGAGGGAACAGUCAUUCUAAAAAAGCGUCUGGACUAUGAGACCAGAAAGGCCUACACCUUUAAAGUAGAAGCUUCAAACGCAGCUCUUGAUCAACGAUUCCUACACUUGGGACCUUUUAAGGACACUGCCACAGUGAAAGUGAAUGUUCUGGAUGUGGAGGAACCCCCUGUCUUCAGCCGGAUGUCUUACAGAAUGGAAACAUAUGAGGACACACCAGUGGGCAUCAUCGUCGGAGCCGUCACAGCUGAGGACCUAGAUGUAGGCAACAGUCCUGUUAGAUAUUCUGUUGAGCAGAAAAAGGACUCUGAAAACCACUUUGACAUUGACCCUGUUGAAGGAACUCUGUCUGUCAGCGAAGCCCUGGACAGAGAGAGAAAUACAGAACACAACGUCACUGUUGUAGCAACAAAAGUUAACAACCCCCUGCUGUCCAGCAAAGUUACUGUCACAAUCAAAGUGCUGGAUGUCAAUGAAUUUCCUCCAGAACUUGCCUUUGUGUAUGAGACAUUUGUUUGUGAAAAUGCGAAAGUAGGACAGGUGAUUCAGAUCAUCAGCGCCACAGACAGGGACAUGCCCGCUGUCGAGCACCGAUUCUACUUCAAAUCCCCUUCACAGACCAGGAACAGAAACUUCACAAUCAGGGACUAUGGAAACAACACAGCUGGAGUGGUGACCAGACGAGGGGGGUUCCGGAGACUGGAGCAGAGCAUGUACCUGGUGCCAGUCAUUGUGGAGGACGGCGGGUAUCCGAUCCGAAGCAGCACGGGGACGGUGUCGGUGCGGGUGUGCACCUGUGACACAGACGGUUCCCUCCUUUCCUGCAAUGCGGAAGCCGUCUUCUUUCCCAUGGGACUCAGCACUGGAGCGCUAAUGGCCAUUCUGUUGUGCGUUGUCAUUCUGCUGGUGAUGGUAGUGCUCUAUAUGGGCCUCAGAAAACACAAGAAGAAGGACACUCUGAUGUCGUCGAAAGAGGACAUCCGGGACAAUGUGAUCCACUACGACGAUGAAGGGGGUGGGGAAGAGGACACCCAGGCCUUUGACAUAGGUACGUUACGCAAUCCCAAAGGCAUCAAAGAGACGGUGCAGCUGCAAAAAAUAAGAUCAGAGGAUGAGCCCGAUCGGGCUAGUGCAUGCAUGCCCAAUGAGGACAGCGAGGACAUCCGAAACUACAUCCAUCACUGUCUUCUGGAGAACUCAGCACCUCCGUAUGACUCUCUGGUCACGUAUGCAUAUGAGGGAGAGGGAUCGGUGGCCGAGUCUCUCAGUUCCAUUGAGUCCUGGGUGCUUGAACCCAGGGAGGAUUGCAGAAAUAUCUGUGACUGGGGUCCUCGCUUCAAAACACUGGCUGGGAUAUUUAGAGAGCAUGAGUGUAAGGACACGGAAAAGACGGAAAAUGAAGUACACGCCGAGGCACUAAAUGACAGAAUGGACUGAGAGCAUUUUUACAAUCUCAAAGUUUAUUUCAGGCAUGGCACUUAAAAGAAUAGUUCAAUCUAAAACAUAAAAAUGUGAUGUUGUUCCAAACCAGUUUGUCUUACUGUAUGUAUGAAGAAUAGUUCACAAAGAAGUAAAAAAUGUCUUGAGAGGUUUUUGUUUUGGUUUUGGAAUAAAAUAAAAAAAAAAGUUUGUUUUUGUCUAUGCAGACUAUACACUAAAAGUCAGUGGGGGCAAACUGUUGUUUAGGAUCAUGUUGACUUUGAUUAUAUAGACAAAACAGUUGAAACUUCACUAAACAACAGUAAAUGUCAACACCCCCCAACGCAAAAUAAAAUAUUUAAAAGUUAAAAUUACAUUUUUUUUUUUGUCUCUAUAGUCUAUAGAAAGAAAAUGGUUGACUCUGAAUAUAUGAACAUAA